GGAAGUUAUAAAAACAAUGGGUUGUAAUGAGAUCUGAUUCAGUCAUUAUUAAGGUGUAGCGAAGUAAAACAGUUAGAAAUUUAGCAGAUACUCAAGAAAAAUUGUUUAUUUUUUGAAGAUAUAAAAAUACAUGUCAAGGAUACAAGGAUUUAAAGGAUAUAAAACAAAAGUGAUUUAACUCUGUAGACAAUUAAAAAAAUAAUAAAAAUUUAAAAGUGAUUUAAUUUAUCAAAUAGAAGUGAAAUAAAUAUUAAAUAGAAAUGAAAGUGAGAGACAUUACAGUUCUCAUAAUUCUUCUUCAAUUACACAUCCAAUCUAUCAAAUGUGAUGAUUCAAAGAAAAAUUAUCAAAGUUAUCCAGUAAACAACGUUAAUACUGAUGGGACGUUCCACUUUGGUUAUGAUAAUAAAGAUCAAGGUGGGCACUAUCACAAGGCAACAGGGAGUGUCAUAAAAGUUCGCGGACGGUAUGGUUCGCGAAAUGCAGCGACUGGAAAAAUCGAUGAAACUGUUUACACAGCUGGAGCAAGAGGUUAUAGAGCUAGAGGUGCUAAUAUACAUCGGAAGCAGAAUCUUUCUCAAAUUCGACGUGGAUCAAUUGGAUCGCCAAAUGACCCUCUAGCUGAUCCUUCAGAUGAUCCAAGCUAUUCAUUUGGUUAUAAAACUAAAAGUCAUUCUAGACGAGAAGAGUCAGAUACUGAAGGCAAAGUGCAUGGAGAGUUUAUUUAUGUUGAUGAUGCAGGCGAUAAACAUGGAGUUAAAUAUAAAGCUGGUGCACAUGCUGGCUUUCAAGUUGAAAACGGAGUUCCAGAUACACCAUCUACAAUAAAUUAUAAUGCACCGCUUUAUAGAGCAGAUCCAACUGCUCGUGGCAAAAUUUCAUUCGAACGUGGACCAGAUAGACAAUAUAAAUUUUUAACAUCAAGUCCUGAUCAACGACGCUCGGAAGCAACAGGUCCUGAUGGUAUUACGAGAGGCAGUUAUUCAUAUUUGGAUGAUAAAGGUGUGCAAAGAACAGUUCAAUAUAUUGCUGGUGCUGGGAUAGGUUAUAAAGUUUUAUCUUCAACUAUAGGGCCGGGCUCUCACGUAUCAGCCAAUGCUGAUGUUCCAGAAUAUUCAAUUAAAGCUGUUUCAAAUGAAAUUGCAAUAUCGGAUGAACCUAGUAAUUAUUAUCAUCAUACUGGACCCUCUGCACCAUCUGGACCUGGAUAUGUAACAAGUACAGUUCCUCCCCAGACUUACGUUACCACAACUCCUCAUUCUCCAACAACCUACUCGACACCAACUUAUUAUCCGUCAACACCUCGACCAUUUUCACGACCAAAUGUUGAUUCCGUUUAUGUAUCAACACCAAGUUCUAUUGGCGAUAUUAAUCAUAAUCAUGCAGUGACUCCAACAGCUUCAACACCUUGUCAACAAUGUCAAUUUACGAGUGGUGGUCCAUCUCCUCUUUCCCCUUCAGGACCUUCAGCCGUAUCACACGAAGAUAAUGACUUGAUCUACGGACUACUUCCGCCAAGAGAAGAACCAUUAUAUACACAACAAUAUGUUCCACCAACUCCAACAGUUCCAACAGAGGUUCACAUAACCCCUGCUCAUCAUCAUCUAUCAACACAUCAUCACAAUCACAAUAUUCAACCACCAUCAAUCGCUCCAACACCUUUCUUUUAUCCAACUCAAGGUUAUUUACCCACUGAUACACCUUCACCUUAUUCAUAUAUUCCAACGCAACCAACGUUAUCACCAAAUUAUCCACCACAGCCUACUUCAUCAUCAAUCUAUCAGCCACAGCCUACACUUUCAUCAAACUAUCAACCUCAUCCUACACUUUCAUCAAACUAUCAACAAAUACCAAUCCAUCCUGCCCCAGAGCAAUAUAGUCCAUCAACUGGAAGUGAAGCUAGUAGUGGGUGGUUUUAUGGACUAGCUACAGGUGCUGGAAAACGAGCACAUAUUCAGAAUAUUGAUUUAAUGCAUGAACGAGCGCCAUCUCCUUCAGAAGCAUUAAGAAGGGAUGAAGAACGUGAUCAAUAUCAAACUGUUCCGCAACACCAUCAGCAUCAACUAAACGAAGCGCCUCUACAUUAUUUACAUCCACCACCACGAGUGUGAUUUAGUUAAUUGAAAUAUCUUAAAAUUAAUCUUGAUCUUCAUCAUAAUUAGCAAAAAUUUAUAUCAUUAUUAUUACUUAUGUACUCAAUUCGAAUGAGAUCGCAUAAUUUUUGAGGGAAUUUAAUUCAACAUUUUCAAAUUCUUUAAACUCGUAAAUGUGUCGGAAAUGUCAGAAUGCUCUGUUCAUCUUUGUCCUAUUAACAAAAGCUUAGAAAUGUGUUCUGGAAGUUAACAACUGUUGUCGUCGAGUUAAAAAUUUGUUAAAUUAUUGAAGAUUCUAGCUCAAAAUAUUGCAAACUAAGAAUUUGAGCAAUUUAUCUGUCAUGGUUUGACAGUAAUAAGAUUUGUGAACAUAAAUAUUGAAAAUUAGACUUAAUGAAUUCUUAUUCUUCUGAAUUGUAU